AUGACGAAACAACAGGAAAAUUUAGUUUUAAAUUUCGAUAAUAUUGAACAUAGUCAUCCAAUGUGUAAACAUGGUCCAUGUUUAUUAUUUGUAAAACAAUCAGAAACAGAGAACAAAUAUUAUUCAUGUUCAGCUUGUCGGGAUUCUGUUGAUUGCAAUAUUCAUAUACCAUAUGUUGAAGAACAAAAAUUGCUACCAAAUCAAUAUAAAUCAUUAAUAGAAUAUCAUGAACAAGCAUAUUAUUCAUACAUUUCAGAAAUUAAAAAACUUCGAAAAAAUGCACGAUCUGUACGAAAAAAAUUUAAAGAAGCAUCAUCUCACAAUGCUAAUAAACGAAAUUAUUGUAAAACGUGUAUGUGUUUAUUUUCAACAUCCAAUUUGAACAUCCAUCAAGAUCAUGAUUGCGCUUAUGCUCUAAAUAACAAACAAAUGAAACAACCAUGUCAAAAUUUAUUGAAACCAUUACAAAAGAAAGAAAGUAAUGCACAAUUUUUCUUUAAAGAAACAUUUAUUAAUUAUUUAAUUGAUAAAGUAUUAUUAGUUGGCCAAUGGGAUGGCAUUUUGUGUAUUGGUUGUCCUACUAUAUUUGAAGCGUUAAAUGUUCAAGAUAAGAUAAAAAGAAAAAAAUUAUUCUUAUUGGAUUUUGAUCAACGUUUAAUAAAUUUUUAUCCUCGUAAAAAAUUUUUAAUGUAUAAUAUGUUUAAUGGUCAUUUUUUUGAAGAUUCCAUUCCAUUUCAACAAUUUUUAUCAUCUAUUCAAAAUUGCUUAAUUCUUUGUGAUCCACCAUUCGGUGCUCUCUUUGAAGCAUUAGCUCAAUCAAUUAAAAAUAUUCAUACAUAUGGACAAAAAACUAUUCAACAUUGGAAUUUAAUUUUAUUUAGUCCUUAUUUUCAUGAAAAAUGGAUACAAAAAUUUUUUACACUAUUCAUGCUAGAUUACAAAAUUGAGUAUACUUCAUUACCUCAUCUUUGUCGGGGAAGAAAAGGUUCUCCAGUUCGAAUGUUUACCGAUUGCAAACUUAAUACAUUUCCACCAUUAGAUGACAACAAUUACAAAUAUUGUGACUAUUGUCAACGUUAUACACUAUUAACCAACAAACACUGUUUUGAAUGUAAUUCGUGUACAUCAAAAGAUGGCUUACCCUAUUAUCAUUGUAAAUUAUGUCAAAGAUGUGUUAAAUUUGAACGUGUUCAUUUUACGUUUGAAGCACUGUUACUCAUUCUUAUCAUCUUUUAUGAUUUCAAUAGUGUAAACUACAUUGAUAUUAUGAUCACAGCAAUUCUCGUAUUUAAUCAUCAUGGUCAACCGAGAAUAACAAAAUUUUAUGAACAUUUUCCAAUUGAUGUUGAACAAAAAAUAAUUCGUGAAACAUAUCAACUUGUAUCAAAACGAGAUGUUUCACAGUGUAAUUUUUUAGAAAGUGGUCUUCUAGUUGGUAAAAGUAGCGGCGAUCAUAAAUUAAUUUAUCGUCAUUAUGCCACGUUAUAUUUUGUAUUUUGCAUUGAUUCAAGUGAAAGUGCAUAUGAUAUUUAUGAACUAAUUCACUCAUUUGUCGAAUGUCUUGAUCGAUGUUUUGAAAAUGUAUGUGAAUUAGAUUUGAUAUUUCACGCGGACAAAGUUCAUCAUAUUCUACAAGAAAUAUGUCUAGGUGGAAUUAUUCUCGAACGUAAUAUGAGUGAAAUUCUUCAGGCAGUAAAUGAACAAUCGAAAAUUGAAAAACAAGAAAGUGGACUUGGUGGCGUUGCGGGAAAAGUCAAAUCGGUUGUGGAUACAAAAACAGCUAAAAUUAGAUUAGAUUUAGAGAAAAAAUUGGAUUCAAGAUUGGAUUGA